AUGGGGGCCUUUAACAAGCAAGGCGAAGGCGAGCACCACAGACAUGACGAUAUAUACGAGCUAUCUGUGCAGUACGAGAAAGGCUGUGCAAUGCGAGGCUGGCUGUGGAUACCUCGCAAGCCAGAUGGCAUCUCAUCCAAGAAACGCAAACGCGAAGCUGAAGCUGAAGCUGAAGCGGACCUAAUCAAGGCUACCAAACAAUGGCUUAUUACGCAACUGAAGAAUCGCGCAACAAGCAAUAUCAAGUGUGCACAAGCUUCCUGUACAGCCAUCUUGGUCGGUUCAGAAAUUAGCAGCGUGGCGAGAUCCGAUACUCUUGAACAGUACCGAGAGAAGGCAACACAAGAGUACUUCAAGCAAUACCCAAACUACAUUGAAUGCCCGAACGCCGACUGCACGUAUGGAUACAUCGUCGAGCAAGGUGACUCUUCGAUCUUCAAUUGUCGCGUCUGCCUUGUGCAGUACUGCAUGAAAUGCGUGGUCAACUGGCACGACGAUGAGACGUGCGAAGACUAUCGGGCUCGCAUCCGAGCCGAAACUGCUGGCGGCGAUCGCGCAACGAAGAAGCUUCUCCGCCGUGAAGCGAAGUUGUGUCCCAGGUAUAAGGCUUGGAUACAAAAGAUUAGCGGUUGUGACCACAUGACAUGCAAAUGCGGCUUCGAGUUCUGCUAUGUAUGCCUGGGUGCAUGGGAUGGCUUUUCCCGUGGUGCUCAUCGACCAGACUGCCGGAUCAAUCAUGGCAGCUGGUUUGAGGACUAG